AUGGGAAGCAGGAGCAGUGACGAAGAUUGCAGUCACUCCAAAUUCACGGACGAGCAAUCGCUCGAUGACAUUGUGGAAAUUCCAAUUGGCAAGAAUACUUCUAGGCCGUCACGUGGAGAAAGAUUUGGAUGGUGGCUGCGAGAACACAAGUAUCAGUUGAUUGCGUUGUCCAUUCUGUUAACAGGGGUAAUAAUCUUGGUUGCGACGAUGGUGGCGCAUUUGGGGCGAGAGAGCAAUGAUGGACCGACGCCACCUCUCACCAAAGAGGCUAUUGUCUAUGGGGAAACGGGGUCGCCAAUUUUUAGUCCUACUACUGUCUCACCACUCACCAGAGCACCAUUCUAUUCUCAGGGUCAAGCUUCCACAGAUCCUCCUGUGGUAUCUCCAACUAAAAGGCCUCUCACCGGCGGCCCCACAACUAAUCCGACGUCAGCAACAACACAACCAGUUCACCCGACGAUGGGACCCACCAUGGCUCCGUCGCCGAUGCCUGUACUCCAAUCCAUCCAUCCCCAACUCGUGGAAGCGAUCGGAGGCGAUAUUGAACGUUUGCUGGAUCUGUCGAACAGCCCCCAUCGAAUGGCGUAUGAAUGGAUGAUGAAUGUUGACCAACUACGAUGGAACGAGAACUAUCCCACCAUUGUCCAACGUUUCGUGUUGGCCACCUUUUAUUUUGCCAGCGGCGGUGGUCUCAUCACUUCCACUUGGGAGGUAUGCAGUGCGGUUCCCAGUGAAACCUUGCCUCCCGACGAAGCUGAUGCCCUUGAUACCAGAUGUAUCUCGCACGGCGACGAAGUUGUUUGUGCUCACUCGCAGGAUUUUGAAGACUGUCCCGAGUAUUACGAACGGUUCGGAUUGAACCCUCCUUGGAACCUGAAGAAACGAUGGCUUAGUGGGACCUCGGAAUGCGAUUGGUAUGGGAUUGAAUGCGAUGAUCGAGGGCACGUCAUGCAAAUGUCUCUGUCAAAGAAUAAUCUGGUCGGAAGUUUGAUUAAGGAAUUAUCAGGAUUGGAGCAAGUCCAGAUUGUAAAUCUUUCGGACAAUAACUUGGGAAACCUCUUGCCAGCUUGGCAAGGCUGGAGUCAGUUGCAGUAUUUGUCUUUGAGCCACAAUCUUUUUGAAGGAACUAUUCCUACCGAAUGGCAACAGUGGACCAACUUGUCGACUUUGGACUUGUCCAACAACGAAAUUUCAGGAUUGGUAAUUCUCCCAAACAAUUGGGUGGAAUUGGAUACUUUGAUUUUGAAUUCGAAUGUAGGACUCGUAGUCGAACUAAGUGAACAAGUUGGAACGCUGCGAAAGUUGGAAACUCUGGAGCUGCAAGGAAGUUUGAUCAUUUCGGAUUUGCCAUCAUCGAUGAAGGGUCUAACGAAUUUGAAAGACCUUAACCUUGCACAUUGUGGUUUGCUUGGAACUUUUCCGACCUCGCUAGGGACCAUAGAGAAUUUGGUCGAACUUCAACUCCAAGGAAAUAGUUUCACAGGUGAACUUCCAGACAAUAUUUGGAGACUGCGCGACCUAGAGGUCUUAAGGUUGGAAGGCAAUCAAGUUUGGGGCCGAUUGAGUAAAGACAUUGGUGAUUUGGCAAAGCUGAAAGACUUGAGACUCUCAAACACUUUGUUAGAUGGCUACAUACCAGGUGAAAUUUCGAAGCUACGGGCAUUGGAACGGGCGCACUUUGAAUUGAGUUAUUUCACAGGAAAGGUACCAAAUGAGCUGUGCAAGUUAAGGGAAUCUACGUUGAAGGAGCUGACGGCGGAUUGUUCUGGGAGUAACGAGAUGAAAUGUCACUGUUGUACGCUAUGUUGUGAUCGCGCGGAUGAGACUUGCUCAGUGCAAACCGAAAGCUCCAGAAAGAGAGCUUUGGGGAGUUUGAAUUAG